AUGACCCUGCAUGAUGUUACUGCUUUCCAUCUCUGUCCCCGACUACCAUCAAGUCGCAGCACUGCAGAUUUUCCGCACGGCCUUACUGCCAGCAAAGUUUUACGAUUCCCCAGAAUCUCUUCACACUCUCUUUUAAUCCACGCGCUCAUUAUCGUCAAUCUACGUUUUCGUCCGAGACGAACUCUACAGCCUCCUUUUAUCGCAAAGAUGUUCUUCAAAUCCGCUAUUCUUGCUUCCCUCACUUCAUUUGCUUUUGCCACGGUUUUCAUAACGUCGCCCACUGACGGUACGAAGUUCAGCGCCGCUAAGAAGGCCACCAUAACCUGGAUGGACUCGCCCGACAAACCCUCGUUGGUCGAUUGGGGAAAAUCCAAGGUGUCGAUUUAUACGGGAAAUGUGAAUCAACAAACGCAACUACAGGAGAUUACGGCUAGUGUUGAUGUUUCGACUAUCAAGAACAUAGAAUUCACUCCCGACUCUUCCAUUGGCCCCAACGGAAAUUUCUACUUCAUUCGCAUUGAAUCGCUCGCGCUGAAGGACCCCAAGAACCCCCAGUUCCCUGCUUUAGCCUUCUCAGCCAAAUUCGAAUUGACCGACAUGAACGGCAAAUUUUCUGCGGCAGUACAGGCACAAGUCGAUGGGGAAAAAGCCAAUCCUAUUGGUGGCGGACCACCAACGACACCAACCACUUCAUUGUCACGCUCGGCCUCCUCAACCAAUAGUCCGACCUCAACUAAUAGUCCGACUAAGCCGAACAAUGCUGCUGCCUCGAGUACCCAAAGCAAUGCUGCGAGCCCGGGGACCCGCGCCUCAUCUAUGAGCGGACUCAAGCCAUGGACGGGAGUCUUCGUUGGCGUGGCCGCCGGUGCCCUCCUCCUUUAG